AUGCCGUCGUCGAUCCUUUAUUGUCACCAAGGCCUAAAGAACAAUAAGGACUUGUCCAAGGCCGGGAUUGAACCUUCCCCUCGUGUGCCUCGUCGUUACGGGAGUCCCAUUCACAGAGCCACGUCCCGCUAUCCAUUUCCCGUGGAGAAGUUUUUUGUCGUGCGGAACUCGGUGAUUGACGCCCAGAACGACCUUGGGCGUGUGAAUGACGCUGAGCCAGAAGACUGCGCCGCUAGGUGUCUGGAACUAGACACCUGUCAAUCAUUUGAGUACAAGGCGGAGCACCGGAAGUACGACCUGUCGUCUGCUCGCAUCGAGGACAAUGAGCUGAUCCGCAGCGUCCACGGCUGGGAGAUUUACGCCAUGUUUCCAAACACAAUUGUCAUUAUUCUUCAUGAGAACUUGAACAUCUCACAGGGUUUCAGCGUUGUUUGGGAGACAGAGCUCAAGUCGCCAAACUCACCAAAGACCAUCGAUUCUCACGUCAGUGAAACUGCCGAACUUCAGGCAGCCCUGGAAAGCGUCCAAGCUGAUAUCAAGAAAACGGAACGCCUCCUUCAGAACGCAACUGCGCAGGUUGACACCAUGAUGGACGAGCGGGACGGGUUGGCUCAGGAUAUGGACACCCUCGUGGCUCUGCUCCAGUCCUCUAACGACACUCUCGCCGAGGUGAUGGCAUCCUACGAGGAACUGACCCAGGCACGUGACGAUUUGGAGGAGACCCUCAGCCAACAGGAGGCUCAGAUCACCGACUUGGAAUCCUCUGCCUCGUCCUUGACCGAGUCGGUCGGGUUCAAGGACGAUACCCUGAGGAAGAUCUACGCAGCCAAGGCCGAUACUGAGGCCGAGCUUGCAGAGGUCAAUGGCGAGGUCAGCAUCCUGCAGUCACGUGUCACGAGCUUGAACCAGCAAAUACAACGUCUCGAGACUGAGCUAGAUGCCGCAGACGACCCGGAAGUGUACACUGCACGUGACUGUUACGAGUUGUACAAGCUUCAUGGCGUCAGGGAGGAUGGUGUUUAUGACAUCUAUCCAUUCGGCCUCACCGGCAAGUCUGUGAAGGCUUUCUGUUACAUGGGUGACGGCGGUGGAUGGACGGUUAUUCAACGCAGAGACAUAGCAAGUGGAUGUGCCCAGAAAUUCGACAAAUCUUGGAAUGAAUACAAAAACGGAUUUGGAGACGCCGGCAGCGAUUAUUGGCUGGGUAAUGACGCCAUUUCCUCCCUGACGACGCGUCACUCCGAACUGAAGGUGUACAUCAAGACGAGUGUUGGUCAGCUCCGAUACUCGCAUUACAGGGAUUUCCAGAUGGAUUCCAGCAGCCGCAACUUUAAGCUGAAGUCAGUUCGCUACACCGCAGGAAAUGCAGGCGAUCAAUUGACUUACCUGCGAAACUACAGCUUCGGCACAAAGGACAGAGAAAACAACAACAACAGAUGUAGUAGUACACAAAAUGGCGGCUUUUGGUUUAAGACCACGAGAUACUGCGCCAAAUCUGGCUGGUGGGGAUCCUGUAGUCGCUAUCAGUACAGCUGUUCUACCACCAACGUGAACGCCAGGACGCCAUCUUGGUCCCAGGCCUCUAACUGGUCUCUCAUGAGGAUCCGCACUCAGUAAACAGCUACGCUGCGCGGGAAUACCGAACUACUUUUGAUCGACAAGUGCUAAAGGCGCAUUCGUCAAAAGCGAAACGUUGGCGAGUGGAUUUGUAUAUCAGUUGUUAACGUCGAUGGUGAUGA